GGGGCGGAGCGAGCACAGCUGACUGGGACGCGCGGCUGACCGCGCAGUUCGCAGUUCGCCGUUCGCCGGGCCUGGUCUGGGGCGAGCGCGGGAAGGGACCACCCCGCUACCGCGGCCGCGACCCCCAUGGGGAUGUGCUAUCCCUGUCCCACGGAGGCCGAGCCUCCCUCGCCAGACCUGGAAGAGAAAAGAGCAAAGCUUGCAGAGGCUGCAGAGAGAAGACAGAAGGAGGCUGCAUCUCGGGGCAUUUUGAAUGUUCAGUCUGUGGAAGAAAAGAGAAAGAAAAAGGAAAAAAUGGAAAAACAAAUUGCUACAUCUGGACCCCCACCAGAAGGCGGACUUAGAUGGACAGUUUCAUAAAGCAUAAAAUGAGUGGAAGAGUGUACUGCCAGGAACUAAAAUCUGCAAUCAAGUGGACAUCCUCAAUUUAAUUUCUUCUCUUUGAAUAAAUGAAGAUUCAGACUUUAUAAUUUUGGUGCCCUUGAAUGCAGUGCUUUUUCAUAAUUGAAAUAUUGAAAAUGCUGUUGAUUUUCAGACUUAGAAAAUGGCCAGAUCUUUCUUUAAAUAUCUGUUUCUCUGCAUUUACUCUUCUGCCAAUAGGUGAUUUGCCAAUUUUUAGUAGUUAAAACGUGGACCUAAAUAGUGAAUAUAUAUUUGUAUAUUGCAUGUGGAAAUUCUGCAUACAUCUCAAGUAUUAAGGUUUGCAAUUGUGUUUUCCCUUCUUUUUAAAAUAAUCUAGCCAUCUAUAGUUUGCCAGUUAACCUUACAUCUCUUUAUUUCCUUAUAUAUGAAGACUUUUGCUUAAACUUACGGAUUUAGUGCCUUUAAACUGAAAAUCGUCAGGGAAAAUCUUGAAAAAUCAUGUGAAGGGCUUAGUGAAGGAAUACAAUAAAUUUUUAUAACUUACUAAGAAAUGAAAAUUUGUAGAAAAUGUUGAAUUUCUCCUAAUUUAUUUUCUACUUCUGUAGCUUAUAAAAUUAACAUACUGUGUUUUACAUUAUAAUCGAGGUUUUUGCUGCUGUUGUUGUUUUUUUUGCUUGCUGAAUUUAACAUUGUAUAUUAGUGGUACCAUCAGAGGGCAGUGAUGUACUAUUACACAAUAUCAGAUUCAGCUCUACAAAGAUCUUUGUAGUAAAUGAAUGAGUUAAACUAAGAAUCUGGAUGGGUUGUACUUAAUGGUAAUGUAUUUUUCCAGAUUUCAUAGGCGUUUUUAUUCUUUUUGUAUUUAUUAAAGGAUGAUCAUAAUAUUUAUACAGAUGUGAAAUUGCCAAGGCAAGUAUGAAUGUAUGAAAAAGAAACGUGUAAGUACUAUAUUUAAAAAGAUCUACUUUAAACUUAAAAAAUGUUAUAAAGUAAUUCUAUAUGAUGCAUUGUCAUAAACUUUUUAGAUUUUUGUUCAUGAGUAACAUGUUUUAUAGCAAUUUCAGUUUUUGAGUUUUUUUGUAUAUAAUAAGCGAAAAUGGAAGAAUUACUGUAUCUUUUAAUUUGGUUGCUUUUUUGGAUGAUAAGGCUAAACCCUAAAUUAGAAUUUGCAGAUAUAAAGUGCAAUAGAGACUGUAAAUUAAACAGACCAGCUCAUUUGAUUUUUUUUGCAAGAAGAAACUGAACAACUAUCUCACUUACCCCUCCCACAAGAGUUGUGUUAUAUUGAAGUAUAUUGUCUAUGUUAAUUUUGGAGAGUUUGAACUAUAAUGUAGAACUCUUGACUCCUCAUUGGAAAAAUCACUUUCUUCUACCAUGGAAUGAAAUAUUCUAUGAAUAUCCAGGCAAGAAGUAUAGUUAGAGACAGGUUCAGUUUUCUUCAUCCUUUAGAAGAUCAGUGGUAUUUUUGUUUGUAUAGUGAAAUCAUUAAAUUAUAUUUUAGAAAUAAAAGUUUUGACUUUAUUAUACAGUUAAGUUUUCCAAGGCAAAAAGGGAAGAGGACCAUUAAUAGAUGAAUGGAUAUAGAACCAGAGCCUGUCAUCCUAGAACUGUGCAGGUUUUUUCCUUCCAGUUUAAUGUAGAAAGAACAGUUUUAUCUGUACUGCAUCUUAGAGAGUGACAGUUUGGGUUGGUGUAAAUAAGAAGUUUAUAUCCAGGGGAUGAUGUCCUAUUUCUAAUAGUUUAUAUCCAAAUGCCAUGCUUAUUUACUGUUGAUCCAAGAACGUUAUGCUGGUGUAGUGCUUUCUAGGAACAGUGGGAUAUGCCGUUUCCGGCCAUGCCCUGCCUCCCUGGGUGUUAACGGCUUCCUCCAAAACCACGCGGGUUGCUUGGGCUAAGGGGCUGUACUCAAAAGUUAGGAAGAGGAAGGAGUAAUGGGAGACUUGAUCCCUGAUAGGAAACUAAUAAGUGACUACUUCAAAACAAUGUACACACACACACACACACACAUCUCCAGGCAUCUUCCUCAAGAGUUAUGAAUCAGUUCCUGAUGAAAACUUUAGCUUAGAGCCAAUUUCCUAUAAUUCAUAAUUUAAAUAGGAAACCAUUAUAAUCCUUAAAAUGUCACCCAGACCCCCCAACCAAAUUAUUAAAAUCUAAAACAGUAAAAUGCUUAUAUGUAACAAUCAUGUUAAGAUGUAAAAUGCUUAAAUCAUUGCUUCUUCAUUCUAAUCAUUAAACUAUUAACUAUGGCUGGUAACAAAAAGUUGUAUACUGUCACACAGCCCCUUUGUUGACAUGCAUGUUGUUUUUUAAACAUCUGUAUGUGAUACUCUUGUUCCACUGAUUGUAUUUGGAAUGUAAUUAAUAGUUUUCUCACACAUGGUUUUAUAAAUUCUGUAUUUUGCCUUACAGGGGUACAAAUAUACAUUUUCCUAUAUAAAAAAAUUGGCUUUGGCCAUUUCUGUUUAGCAAAAUUUUAUCUUCACUAUACCUUAAAUAAUUAUAAAUAGGCAUGUUUCUUUUCCUGUACUCCCAAGGAGAUAUGCCGUUAUUAGUCUCCUGUGUUCUUAGAGAAAUAUUGUAAUAAAGGUUCUAGCUGUCAUCCUUGGUACCUCAGAAGAAUUGACAUAAGCUAUGAAUUUUCCUUCUCUCCUUCUGCAGUUCAACUUGUUUAUUUUCACUGAUAAGAAUUAUGCUACACCCUUAGAAGAAAAAGUACCUCUUGUCAGUUUCAGAUUUGAAUAAUACCUGCAUAACCAGGUCAGUAAGAGGUAGGGAGAUAUGCAUACCUAUCUGGGUUGACAUUUAAGGUGUAUUCCUUUAACUCCCCAGGCAAGCAUCCCAGAUUCCCAUGACAGCUGUAUGUGCUUUAUAGGUUGAUUGAGAUGUGGUACUCUUUCCUCUGAUUUCUUUUUAAAAGCCACUGACACCAGCCAUUUGCAUAUAUAGCAGACUUUGAAGAAAUUUGGGUUUGAUAAGAAGUUCGUUUCCUGACAACUCAAAAGAUAAAUUUCUCAUGUGAUCUGACUUUUUAUUAUCCUGUUUUCCCCCUUCUAGGUAUGUUUCAUCUUGUAAAUAUUGCCUCUAAAUAUGAUCAUUAUGGUCUAAGUACUGAAUAUUCAUGAACUGCUUGACCCGGAUGUGAUACUUUUACUGUAUCCUGAAUUGCAUUGUCUAUUUUUAUAGCACCACACUUGGCUUGGGUUGAGUUUCCAGUUAAUGUCCUCUAGUCAUAAAAACAAGUUUGAGCCAUCUUUUGCCGGUACUUCAAACUUGUCUCAAAUAGAAUUAAUUUUGCACACAAACUGGCUCUCUCUAGGCUAUUUCUCUGAAAUCUCUUUUGUCACAUAAGUCAAAAGUCAAGGAGUUUCCUAACUCCUCACUCCACUCCUAAGGUGCCCUUUUUUCAUUAUACAUUUGUUAGAUAGUCAGGUUAUAAGUACCAGACAUACUUUUAAAGUAGGUUAAAAAAAAUACCAAGUGUCUUGAUGUAGAAAAUUCUUAAGGAUCUACACAAAAAAUGUGUGGAACUAAUACAUUUACAUUUAGCAAGGUUGCAUAAUACCAAAUCUUUAUACGGAAAAGAUCAAUUCUAUUUCUAUAUGCAGGUAAUGAACAAUCUGAAAAUUAAAAGUUCCAAGCAUCCAGUAUCAGCACAUAGGAUAAAAUACUUAGGACAAAGCAAGAGAAGUAAAAGAUCUGAAUUAAAAACUACAAAACACUGCUGAGAAAUUUUUUAGAAUAUGAGUGGUCAGACAUCGCAUGGACUGGAAGAUACAAUAUUGUCACCAUGGCAUUCUCAAAUGGAUAAUAAAUGAAAAAUCUCGGCAAGCUUUUUCAGAAGAAUUGACAAAAUGAUCCUAACAUUUAUAUGGGAAAUGAAGGAUUUAUAAUAGCCAAAACAAUUUUGAAAAAAGAACCUAGUAAUUUCCACUAGGGAGUCAGUGAGUAAGCUGUCUACACCUGGUUAUUUCCUUCUGAAUAUAGUCUCGUUUUUCCAUAUUCUUCUUCAGUGCCAUUCACCUCACAGGCAGACCGCAAUGUCAAUUAUGACCAUAUUCUUAGCGCCACUUAAAAAGACCAUCAUAGAUGUGGUAUAAGCAGUAAGAAUAAUGUCACCUUCCCCCAAAGAGGGUGACAUCUUAAUUCCUGGAAUCUGAGAAUAUGUUACAUUACACGACAAAAGGUAUUGACUCAGUUAAUGACAUUAAAGUAGGGAGAGUAUAUUGGAUUAUCCAGGUGGACCCAAUCUAACCACAUGGAUCUUUAAAAAGCCGAGAACCUUUCCAACCUGUGGUCAGAGAGAUGUAAAGAAAGCAGCAGCACGUUGAAAUGCUCUAUAACUUUGAAGACAAAGGAAGUGGGGGCAUGGGGGCAGGUGCCAAGGAUAUCAGGCAGCCUCUGGAAGGUGGAAAAGGCAAAGAAGUGGAUUCUCUCCUAGACUCCUCAGAAAGGAACAGAGCACCUGCUGACAUACUGAUUUUACUCUGUGAGACCAUCUCAAACUUCUGACUUACAAAACUGUAACAUAAUAAAUUUGUGUUAUUUAA